AUCCUGCACAUUACUCAAACCCCGACUAUUAUACACAGUAAUAUCUGUGUUCUUGUUCUCGUUGUCAGUUCCCGCAGUUUGAUCAUCACCAUGGAUGAGAUUGCCCCCGAAUAUGAUGUCGUCGUGCUAGGCACCGGCUUGACUGAAUGUGUUCUUUCCGGUGUCCUGAGUGUCAAGGGCAAGAAGGUGCUUCACAUUGAUCGUAACGAUCACUAUGGCGGCGAAGCUGCCUCUGUCAAUAUCGAGACGCUAUUCAAAACAUACGGAAACGUUCGCCCUGGCGAGGAGCCAUGGAAGAAAUAUGGCCGAGUGAACGACUGGAACGUGGACCUGAUCCCCAAGCUGCUCAUGUCAAACGGUGAAUUGACAAACAUUUUGGUUUCUACCGACGUUACACGAUACCUAGAGUUCAGACAAAUUGCGGGAAGCUACGUGCAACAAGGAGAAGGCCCCAAAGCUACCGUUGCCAAGGUUCCUUCAGAUGCUGGGGAAGCGUUGCGUUCGUCUCUUAUGGGUCUCUUUGAGAAGAGACGAGCAAAGAAGUUCUUGGAGUGGGUUGGAGAAUUCAAGGAAGAUGACCCAAGUACUCACCAAGGUCUCAAUCUGUCCGCUGCCACCAUGAAGGAUGUGUACGAUAAAUUCGGCUUGGAAGCGACUACCCGCGACUUUGUCGGCCAUUCAAUGGCUUUGUUCCCAUCGGAUGAUUAUAUUACCGCAAAAGGAAGAGUGAUUGAGACUAUCAACCGUAUCCGCUUGUACGUCAAUUCAAUGGCUCGCUACGGAAAGUCACCAUACAUUUACCCACUAUAUGGUCUUGGAGAGCUGCCUCAGGGCUUUGCACGUCUAUCGGCUAUUUACGGCGGUACUUAUAUGCUCAACACAAGCGUUGAUGAGGUGUUGUACGACGAGAAUGGAAAAGUGUCUGGUAUUCGAGCAACCAUGAAGGAACGCGACGAGGCUGGCGAGGGCAUGAAAUUCACAACAAAGACCACCAAGAUUAUUGCCGAUCCGUCUUACUUCCCUAAUAAGGUCAAGAUUACUGGAUAUGUCCUUAGGGCUAUUUGCAUUCUAAAGCAUCCUAUCGACAAGACCGACGGCAGUGAUUCGCUUCAGCUCAUUAUUCCUCAAUCACAGGUCGGACGCAAGCACGGUAAGUAUCCAUCCCAGAUCCUGUAACAUCAAUCUAACAUGCUCAGAUAUCUACAUCGCCAUGGUUUCCUCAGCACACAACGUCUGCCCCAAGGGUUAUUAUGUGGCUAUUGUCUCUACCAUUGCUGAGGGUGAGGCAAACCAUCAUAUGGAACUUGAACCCGGUUUCCAGAGACUCGGCCAGAUCGAGGAGAAGUUCAUGGGCCCGCCAAUUCCCUUGUACGAGCCUCUCGAUGAUGGCAAGAAGGACAAUGUUUUCAUUUCCAAGAGCUAUGAUGCUACUUCACACUUUGAAACAACCACUGAUGACGUCCGCGAUAUCUACGAGCGUGCGGAGGGCCAUGAGCUUAUCGUUGAGGGUCUUCGCGAGGGCCAAAAUCUGGUUGCUGAGGAAUAGACUAUUUUUAUCCCCCGCUCCCGGCGCUAUGGAAGCAUGUGAAGUCCAAGAUUGGGUAGUUAUAUGGCUCUUCUAAGAUAGUGGAAGAGUGAAACAGAUGGUGAUUUGAUCCUUCGUGAAGCAUAUAAUGAUCGUUUAUUUCGUCCAUCUCCAUCGCCUUCUCUUAAUCACACUUAGUCUAGAACUUAGCUACUAUCGUCGCAAUCCAUGGAUGUCGGUCUUG